CACCUUAACAACCUAACAUGAACAUGAGAAAAUAUUAUCAUCUCCUAACCCUUAGGAGAUCCAAAGGUCUUCUUAUGUCACAUAGGAGUUGUGUCCAUCAAACUAGUCCAGUUGAAAUUCACCACAUUUGCCACCACCAUCAACCACCACCGCCACCUCAGCCGCCAUCGCUCUUUUCCUCCUAUGGUCAUAUAUCCAGAAACACAUACAUGAGUAGAAAUGUUAUUGGUUCUAGCAAUUUCCUUAAAUCAAUUCACUCAACUCCAAACCCUAAACACUAUCUUUCUCAAGUUUCUACAAUCCAUACGUCAGAACUACCAUUAUAUGAAGAUGACUCAUCCCGACUCGACUAUUCGGUGACUGUGAAGGGUAGAGAGGUCAUUUCAGCAGCUGUGACAUCGGCGAAUGAACACUGGCUCCCCUUGUCAAACCUGGACUUGCUUCUACCGCCUAUUGAAGUUGGAGUGUUCUUUUGUUACAAGAAAAAGAACAUUGAUAUGUCCACACAAACCGUGGUGGACACCGUCAAGAAGUCGUUGGCAGGGGUACUAUCGACAUAUUACCCGCUCGCGGGUGAGAUUGUACAAAACAGCCAUGGAGAGCCGGAGGUUUUGUGUAACAAUAGUGGGGUUGAGUUUGUUCAUGCACAUGCAGAUGUUGAGCUGAAAGACUUGGAUUUGUAUCAUCCUGAUUAUUCUGUAAAGGGGAAGUUGGUUCCCCAGAUUAAUCGCGGUCUGUUAUCUGUUCAGGUAACCGAGUUGAAAUGUGGAUCGAUGAUAAUAUCAUGCGCGUUUAACCAUCAACUAAGUGAUGCUUACUCAAUAGGUAUGUUCAUAGCUGCAUGGGCUAAAUAUGCACGAUUGGAAAAAGUCUCCAACAUUCCAUCAUUUCGGCCCUCGAUGUUUAACCCACGACACCCUCCUCGUUAUGAAACAACCCAUGACAAUCUAUAUAUCCCCAUCACAUCACUCCCUCCUCCAUCAUCCUUUGAGGAACCACUUGAGAGUCGCAUGUACUAUGUUCGCACUGAAUCAAUCGAACAUAUUCAAUCUGAAGCCAAAAGAAGCAAAUUCUUGUCAUUCACCGCGUAUCUGUGGAAGUUAUUAGCAGAUGGAUCAGGCAAUGAUGUUGCGAGUACCAUAUCUAGAAUGGGCGUUGUAGUUAAUGGACGUCGAUUUCUAACACAAGUUAACGAGAAAAGUCCAUCGUUGUUUGAAAACCACUAUGGAAAUACACUAUCUGUCCCAUAUGGUGUUGCAGCAAAUAGUGAUCUGAAGGCCAUGCAACUACAUGAAGUUGCAAACGUGGUUCAUGGAUUUGUGGCUGAGACAACAAAUGAAGAGCAUUUUAGGGGUCUAAUUGAUUGGGUAGAGUUGCAUCGGCCCACGCAGGCGGUUGCCAGGAUAUAUUUUGGGCACGAAAAGUCUGAAGGCAGGGCCGUGGUGGUCUCAUGUGGACGAGAUUUACGGAUCAACGAUAUGGACUUUGGAUGGGGAAAGCCGGAGUUUGGAUCGUUUCAUGUCCCUUGGGGUAGUCGAACCGGAUAUGUAGCCACCAUGCCAAGUGCAAGUGGAAAUGGUGAUUGGGUUGUUUACAUGCAUCUCAACGAGAAGGAAUUUGAUGUGAUUGAGCAUAUGGCACCUAAUGUGUUUACACCUCUUUCAAUUUCUAACUUGGUUUAGUUUAUGUAGCUAUAUAUAUGUUUUGUAUAUGGUUUGUUUGGAUGGGUGUUUUACAUGUAUUUUGUUGUGUAUGUGUGCUAAUUGUCAUAAAGUGUAUAGGAUAAAGCUACUGAAUGUAAGGUUUGUGAUAUAUACAUAUAAUGAUCCACUUAGAAAUUAAAAAAAAAAAAAUU